UUAUUUGAAGAUAGUUAUACUUAUCUUUACAAAGAAAUAGUUAAAGCUAAAGCUAAUAAUAAUAUUGCAAGUCAAAAGCUUUUAAACUAUUACUUUCAAUUUGAUCCUGAUAAGUUGAAGGCUAACAUAUCUCAAGUCACAGACUUGGCUGAUUUAAAAUGUAUUCUCAUAAAUGAAUUCGAACUGUUAAAAAAAGUCAGACUACAAACUAUUAUAUUUCUAAAUAAUAACAAUACAUCUCUUUCUCCAGAUACUUGUUUACAAACUUUAGCAGACAAUACAACUGCUAAAACACCACUUUUUGUUCGUUACCUUCUCUCAAAUGCCAAUAGUAACUUUAAUUAUUUACGUUGUUCAGGCAAAUGUAAAAUACCACAUACCAGUAGUUCUUUAAGUUUAUUACAAGAAGAAGUUGUAAAAAGAUUUAACGAGUUACAAAUAAAAGAAUUUUACUUUUUUAAUGAUGAAACAAAAGAUGAGAUUCGAAAUGAAUAUAGCUUUAACAUUUUAGUAUCUUAG